AUGUCGGAUCAUCGCAGGGAAUCACCUUCGCAGAAACCGACAUCUCGUCCGACAUGGGUGUUCAAAGAGUCGUCGAAAAGGUGCGAGAAGGGCAACUACCAGCCUUCCAGCACGUGUACUCUUGCGGUCAGUCUCGAUCGACUCAUUUCCAUCCUUACAUGUCCACUAAUCAAUCCCUCUCCCCUUUCAGUCGGCGGCGAAUACGUUUCCACUCCCCUUACGGAAAUCACGACGGAACAACUACGCUACAACUUCAACAUUGCCUUUGAGAUGAAUUUCUUCGCCUACCGCGCCACUAUUCCCUAUCUCCUUGCUCAGAAGCAUCCCACCAGCACGUGGACUCUCUGUAAUGGCGCGCAGGGCGAAACCGCUUUCUUUCCAGUACCAGGCAUGACGCAAGGCGCCCUGUUUACCAUGAGCACGGCCGCAGCCCGCGAAAACGAGAAGACGAAUGUACGGUUCAACGAAGUGUAUCUUUGCUUUCGGGUCGAGGUAGAUGAGCAGGCGGAGAAGCAUGGGGUUACGUGCGCAUAG